AUGGUCCACAACCACCUGCCCAUGCAGGGAGUCACUGACUACAUCUACUACUCAAACUGGAAACCCAUUACCAAACCACCUACUCAAAAACAUCAUUCUACAAUUACUGAAUUCACCCUGUUGGGAAUUACAGACAGCCCUCUUGCGCAGACCCCUCUGUUUGUGUUGUUUCUGUUGAUUUACAUUGUCACUCUGGUGGGGAACUUUGGCAUUAUCAUCUUGGUUCGGGUGUCUCCCAGCCUCCACACCCCCAUGUACUUCUUCCUCACCCAUUUUGCCUUCAUUGACAUCUGCUAUUCCACAGUCAUCUCCCCCAGGCUGCUGGCAGACCUGUUAUCAGAGGACAAAACCCUUUCUUUUCUUGGCUGCAUGAUGCAGUUCCUCAUGUUCGCUUUCUUUGCUAUUAGUGAGUGCCACCUCCUGGCCAUGAUGGCCUAUGAUCGGCACGUUGCUAUCUGCCAGCCCCUGCUUUAUGUGACCAUCAUCUCCAGCCGUGUCUGCUGGCAGCUGGUAGCAUCAUCUUACCUAUUUGCCUUCCCCAGUGCCAUCAUCUUUACAUGGUGCGUGUUUGGAGGUUCCUUCUGUGGUCCCAACCGCAUUGACCACUUCUUCUGCGACAUCGUCCCUGUGCUAAAGCUCGUGUGCUCCGACAUGCACAACAGCGAGAGGGUCAUCUUUGCCUUCGUCACCAUCAAUGUGGUGGGCACAAGUGUGGUCAUUUUGCUCUCCUACAUCUCUAUCCUCUGCACCGUGCUGAGGAUGUGCUCAGCACAGAGCACGGUCAGAGCCUUCCACACCUGUGCCUCCCAUUUAACGGCUGUGUCCAUAUACUUUGGGUCAGCAUUCUUCAUGUACCUACAACCUUCUUCUAGCCACAGAAGCCUGGAUAAGGUGGCCUCCAUUUUCUAUGCCGUGGUCACCCCCAUGCUCAACCCAUUCAUCUACAGCCUGAGGAACAAGGAGGUGAAGGGGGCUCUGGUGAAGUGUGGGGGAAGGCUUUUCAACAGCUGGCAACAUAGAAGAGUUGUAUCAUCCCGGACAUGA